AUGGCGAGAGGCCAUGAAUAUAUUGUCAGUGAUCCGAAUAAGUUAUUGGAUUCCUUCAAGGUCCACUUAACCGAAAAUGGUGGCAUACGCAAAAGUUCCAUUUCUGAGCUUGUUUCUUUAAUGGCUAAUACGGGUGAGCUUCUUGCUCCGAAGUGUAUCUCAAUCUGCGUAAUUGCAGCCUCGGAGUCCGCUGUUCAGUCCUUGCUAUGUGACACGGAGGCGUGGGAUAUCCUUCUUAAAUGGCUUCAAGAGGCCUCUCAGGAGGAGGACUUUUCGUUUUUAGCUGAACUGAUGCAACUCUACCUCCAUCUUCCAGUCACUUUUCAGCUACUUACACGUAAUGUUUGUCCAAAGAUGAUUAAGACCCUUUCUAGGAAAGCUAAUAAUGAAAAAGUCCGUUCGAUGGCUGUCGAUAUUGUCAAGAAGUGGAUGGGUGUUGUAAGUAGCGCCAACGGUGAAACUAAGCCCAGAAAACGUAAGUUGGACUCUAACAAGAAAGAGAAUCUGGAAGCUAAGAAGGAUGAGCAUUCAGUUACUGUACCUCCUCAGUCAAUGCAAGAGAUAAAGAAGAGAAGAACAACUGUCAAAGUUCCUCCUACAGUUAUGAGGACUGCUGGUAUUGAAGAUGCUCCUGAAUUGCCUGUACCGAAGUCUCGUUCUGAAGUUUUGGCAAAGACCAAAAAUGAAAAUCCAAAUGAAGAACCAGCUGCGCCUAUUGAAUCCUUUCAUCAAAGCAUUACCGUUACUCCAACUGAAUCCAAGAAAUCUCCGACAGAGAUUCAUGAGAGUUUCAACUUUAUCAAUGCUCUUACGAACUCGCAACCUGGUAUACGUAGGAGGCGCAAGCCCCAUAAACCAGAGCUCUCUGUAUCUCAUGGUGACAUUAGUGCUGCAAUCGAUUGUGGUAAAACAUACACACAGGAUCCUGCGGUUGCAGAUUCAAAUGAUUCCGAUGGACCUUCAAAGUCAUCAAUCACUAGUUUCCCUAUCCAUCCUAGUGAUAAAAAGAGCAACAAGAAACGAGUGACAUGGGCUCCCGAGCAUUCUUUGACGCAAAUUAGUUAUUUCGAAGUUGAAGAAAAUGAACGAGUCAAUGUUACUCGAACUAUUGAGGAGAUUCGGCAACAGGAGCAUUCUCUUGAGCGACAACUGUUUAAACGUCAUGAAGAUGUCGAAAUGUGCGGCGGAAGAUGGUUUCCCCCUCCCCUGUUGGAAGUUAAUCCGCCUGCAGAGCCAGGGAGUCGUUCGACUGAGCGCGAAACUCAGUUAGAAAGAGAAAGGCAUAUUCUACAAACCAUCUACUUUACUCGGGAAAGCAUACCAUUUACGCCAGAGGAACCUGAUAAAGAAGAUUUUGUAAAGCAGGAGCCUAUUCAGAUUCCUAUUAGGGAUUACAAUGAUCAGCUACUGGUAACAAAGAGCACAGAAGAUGGGAGCUCUAAGGUCUCCCUCAAUCCCAAUGUUGCAGAUUUAGUCAAAUCCCUCGCUCUAAACUUUGAUCAACAGGAGGGACCUGCUGUUGCUACUACUAAAUUGCAAUCACAGCCUGCGCCUACGGCUUCACUUCCCGUGGAUUACAAGUCUCAAAGUCAAGCUCCUAAUUAUCCGCCUCAUGAUCAUUUCGAUGAUCAUGCACCACCAAUGCAUCAACCGCCAACUAUGGGCGGAGCCCCAAGAAUGCCUCCCAAUGGUCCUCCUUUUAUGUCCGCUGGUGAAAGACCCCAUCCUGGAAUGCGUGCUAGAGGACCGCCUAUGCGACCCCAAAUGGGUCCUCCAUUUAGACAUCCACAAUAUCCCCCGGACGGCCCCCUACGUUUUCCCAGGGGUGGUGGCUCAAUUCCACGACCCCCUUAUCGUGGCGGUCCCCCGCCAAUGUUUAACGGUGGCAGACUGGGCCCUAUGGCCCGUCCCCCUAUGCGACUUCGGGGUCCACCUGCCGGUGUUCGUCCUGAACAGAUUUGCAAGUUUUUCCAGCAGGGUAAUUGUCGAAACGGCAGUAAUUGUCAUUUUCUCCAUCCUGGUUAUCAACCCCCACCUCCAAAUUGGUGA